CAGUGAGGGAAGCUUUUCCGUUGGACCUUCCGGCGGCGUCGGCUCUAUUUCCGGUGUAGCACCGCGAGCCUUUCUCUUUCUCUUCCGGUCCCAGGCGCUGCGGGAGCCGCGGCUUACCGUACAGACAUGGCCAAGUCCAAGAACCACACCACACACAAUCAGUCCCGCAAAUGGCACAGAAAUGGCAUCAAGAAACCCCGGUCACAAAGAUACGAGUCUUUAAAGGGGGUUGACCCCAAGUUCCUGAGGAAUAUGCGCUUUGCCAAGAAGCACAACAAGAAAGGCCUGAAGAAGAUGCAGGCCAACAACGCAAAGGCAGUGAGUGCACGCGCAGAGGCUAUCAAGGCCCUGGUGAAGCCUCAGGUCGUCAAGCCCAAGAUGCCAAAGGGUCCCAGCCGCAAACUCAGCCGUCUGGCGUUCAUUGCUCACCCCAAGCUUGGGAAGAAGAUUCGAAGCUACAUGGCUAAGGGUCAAAGGCUCUGCCAACCAAAGCCCAAGGUUCAAACAAAGGCAGGGGCCAAAGCUCCAGCUAAGGCCCAGGCUGCAGCUCCAGCCCAGGCUCCCAAAGGUGCCCAGGCCCCUGUGAAGGCCCCAUAGAAAAGGCUCCUGCCAGUGUGAAGAUAGAUGGACUGCUGUGACACACCUACUUAUACAGUUUGCAGAUGACCAGUGUCCUAUGCUGUUUUUACAAAUAAACUCAAGGCAAGAUCUGUUAG